AUGGACACCUCCUCGCCAGACAUCUCGGCGCUCAUUGCCGACUUGAACAAUGGAAUAAUAAGCAGCUACUGUGGCAUAGCGUCAAUUGCACUCGUGUUAUUCGAGUACCUCCUUCUCCUGAGGGAAGAAGUGACCUACUUCUGGAUCAGAAAACUCACCGGGGCCACAUCUCUCUUCCUCGCCAACCGCUACAUCACACUCCUCUUCACGUUGUACUUCCUAAUAUCUGGCUUCUUCCCUCUGACCACUGUCGAGAGGCAUGCGCUAGACCUCUCCCAGUACGCAGUCUGGGCGGCGUUCUCCGCGCUGCGCGCGCUCGCGCUGUGCAGGCUGCGCGAUGUACAGGUCUGGAAGGCGCGGGCGGUGGCGCUUGUGAUUUUCUUGCUGGCGAUUGUCCCAGUGCCGAUCAACAUUCUGCAGAUCGUACAGAUGGUCCCAGUGGAGGAUGCGUCAAGCGUCGUUUCUCGGGCAUCCCUCAUCUCUGCCGACGUCCUGGUUAUCCUCGUUACUUGGUACACGCUCGUCCGGUCAGGUGCAAGUACACAGACGAAGAUAGGUCGAGCAUCUUUCGCGGACGUGCUCCUGCGCGAUGGAUCGCUGUACUUUCUCGCUAUGUCUGUGUUGAACGCCCUUCACAUUGCUCUGACGGUGUUGGAGUUCGGCGGACCCGUCACGCCUGUCAGCUUCGUAACGACGUUCACAGACCCGCUUACCUCACUCCUUGUGUCCCGCUUCCUCGUCCACCUCCAGUCUGUCAACAGAGACACGCACUCCGACAGCCCUUCAACACUGACCGGGACCGGUUUGGGCGCAGAAACCAUCCGUUUUGAACGGAUGGUGGGCUCCCUUGGCGCGUCCAUCAACGCGGUCGAGGGCGAAGAUGGCGAGGACGAGGACUGGUAUGACGACACGAGGGCGGGGACCGAGGCCGACGUCGAGCUGGAGGACAAUUGA